AAAGGAUUGUGGGCUCGGCGCGUAUGUUUCCAUCAUGGCGGCGUCAAUUUCGGGAUACACUUUUAGUUCUGUGUGUUAUCACAGUGCCAACAGCAAUUCCGACCAUGAGGGCUUCCUGUUGGGAGAAGUGAGACAGGAGGAGACUUUAAGCAUCAGUGACUCACACAUCGGUAGCUCAGAAUUCCUCAAUGUAAUAGAGGUCCAUAAUCAUGAACCUUGUACACAACUGUUUAGCUUUUAUGACUAUGCAGGUAACAUCAAUGAAGAAAAUCUCAACAGAAUCCUCAAGGACAGAAGAAAAAAUGUUAUCGGCUGGUACCGGUUUAGAAGGAACACUCAACAGCAGAUGUCAUUCAGGGAGCAGGUGAUCCAUAAGCAGUUGACCCAUAUACUUGGCAUCCCAGAUCUGGUCUUCCUCCUGUUCAGCUUCAUCUCCACAGCCAAUAGUUCCACACAUGCUUUGGAGUAUGUGCUCUUCAGGCCCAACAGAAACAAGUAUAAUCAGAGGAUAUCUCUAAGCAUCCCAAACCUGGGCAACACCAGUCAACAGGAAUAUAAAGUCUCAUCUGUGCCGAACACCUCCAAGAACUACGCCAGUGUCAUUAAAGAACAUGGGACUGAGUUUUUUGAUAAGGAUGGGGUGAUGAAGGACAUUCGAGCUAUUUUUCAAGUAUACAGUGCCCUUCAAGAAAGAGUGCAGGCGGUGUGUUGUGAAGUGGAUCAAAGUGAACGAGUGAAGGAGAAAAUCCAAGAAGAAGUGAACAAACUCAAAAAGGAAAUCGCUCUCAGGAAACGUAACAGCGCUGAGGAAGAGAGAAGACUCCAAGAGGCGGCUGUUGUCAUGCUUCCCGAUAACUCUGCCCUUCCUGACUCCUCACACUCUUCACUGACUCAAGUCAUGCUCUCAGGUCCCUCGGUGGAGCCCAGUUUAGAGAGACCCGUGAACUCGUCAUCUCCACCAAUCUACAGCACCACACUGCCUCCAGAUUCACCAAGCGCUAUACUGCUGCCGCGGCCCCAAGCCGUAGGUUCGCCUGGACACCCGUCUCCCAGUCUGGGCCUGGGCAACGGAGACGGUUCGAGCUCGGAUUCCCUGAACCGCCAGGCCACCGGCCAGGAAGACCAGGAGGAUGACGAGGACAGUAGCGAGUACGAAAAUUUAGUUAGCGAGCAAUUGCAACCACCUUCCUUAACAGAAACUGUUUUAUUAGGACGACCGGCUACCCUGUGGCCCGACGGAGACGCCCACAGCCCGCCAGGCUCAUAGUAGCCAAACAAACCAACGGGGAUAUUGAUGAACGAACAGAACUAGGUGUGAUCGUGGUGUUCAGAACACAAACAAGCACUUGCCUUUUGUGAGCUAUGACAAUGCUGUCCUGUUGUACACAUUUAACAUCUCUGUGCAGGGGACAUCAUCGUGUUUCGAUGAACUCCGAAGUGGAAUGGAAUGAUAUCCCCAUCCAUGUGGAUCGACAGGCCCCCUUUUCUCCGUUUCAUGCUCUCCUCUCUGGUUUCGUUUGGGUGGAGAGGUGCAUCUUGCUUAUCUCUGCAUCUGCCACUCACUGGAGUCAUUCGGUUCUUGCACCAUUUACCUCUCGCACUGUUUUGCCUUCUUUUGAUCUGCAUUUGAAUAGAAAAGCAAAGGGAAUUAUGU